CGCCCUGCAGAGCCCCAGUGGAGAUUGUUUUGCAUCAGAGCUCUAUAUAUGUUGGGAAAUUAUGGAUCGUCACAUUCCUAUGCAUGAGUUACCUGAAGAAAUUAAAAAGAUGCCCCCUGAAGAAAAAGUUUGUAAAUAUUGUGGAGUCAGCUAUCUAAUUCUCCAUGAGUUUAAAUCCAUGGAAGAGAAGGUGAAAGCUAUGGAAAAAGAGAUGCAAUUUUAUCAAGGAAGUGUGGAGCGUGAAAAGAGACUUCAAGAAAAGCUACAGUCUCUCAGCCAAGCUUUUGAACAGUACAAAAUUGACAAUGAAUCCAAAACAGAAAGAAUUCAUGAUGCAAACAUGCAAUUAAAAAAUCAACAACAUGAAUUUCAGACAAUUCAGAAAGAAUUGGGGUACCUGAAAGAAGAGUUAGAAAUUAAGUGUAGACAAUCACAAAUAUACAGUCAAAGAUUGGCAGAGUACAAAUAUUUCUGGAACAAGACUCUUUCAUUGCUUACUUUUAUGAAAAGAGAGCUAACAAGUAUUAAACAUGAAGUGUAUGAUAAUUUUCAAAACUGGACUUCACUGAAAGAAGAAGUUUUUCUGCAGAUUAAAUCCAUAAGUGAAACAGCCUUGAAAGAAAUAGACACACUAAAUAAAAGUUUGACAGUGUCCCAGAGAAGCAAGGUGUGCCUAGAAGAAGAGAUGAAAAGCCUGAAGCUGCUGUCAGAUGCGGCCAUUCUGAGGUCUCAGCAGAUCCAGACCGCUAAGCAGCAGGAAGUCAACCUACAGGCCAGGUGCCAUGACCUGCAAAAGGAAGCACUAGAUUUACAGUGUCAAGUAGAGGCGCUUGAACUAAGGCUUCAAAGGGCAGUGGCAGAGACAGACAACUGUAAAGAAAUGCUCACAAAUAAAUGUAAUGAAGCUGACAACUGUCAAAGAGAACUUAGGAAACUGAAGUUUGAGUCCAUUAUUUCUGACUCACGGUACACAAGAUUGCUUAAAGAAAAAGAAGACUCCUUAAUGACUUGUCAGCAAAUAUAUAAAACUUUACAAGAAGAACUGGCUGCAAAAGAUAGGGCAGAAGAAGACUUAAAAAGACGAACGAGCCUUGCAGAGAGUGAGCUAGAAAUAAGCAGAACUCUUCUUAACCAGACAAAGGAGGAGGUUGUGACCUUGAAAAAUGAAAGGGAAUUGCUGCUAAUUUCACAUCAGAAAAGCAUUGAGCAGCUGCAGGAAACCCUUAGACAGAAGGUGCUGAGCGAUGAGCACUGGAGGGAGAAGAUUGAAGCCGAACUCAGCAAGGAAAGGGCCCGGCAUUUAGUAGAGUUUGAGGAACAAGCACUGCUCUUUAAGGAAGAGGCUAAGCUGGAGCUCGAUAUUGAAAAGGAAAAACACCAAGAAAUAAUCCAGAAGUAUAAGAAAGAACAAGAGGAACUGCAACGGAAGAUAGGCGAUCUCAUCACAGUGGCUACUCAAGAUCUACGGCUGCAAGUGGCGUCUCUUGAGGGAAAACUCCAGGAAUCUCAAAUCCACUACACCGAGAGGUCCCAGUCAAAGGAGAAAGAAAUUGAAAGUCUGAAGAAUGUGAUUGCAGAAUGUCAAUCUCGCCUAAAGAAGGAAAUGGACGGUAAUGAUUCCGUAUCAGAGGACCUGCGGAAGGAAAUGAAGCACAAGUCAGAGGAGCUGGAAAGAGUGAUGCAGGCACAGACUCAGCUGCUACAGCAGUUUAACCAGUCCCAGGAAGAGAACUCUCUUCUUCAGGAGACGGUGCGCAGAGAGUGUGAGGAACGCUUUGAACUGACAGAGGCCCUGAGCCAGGCUCGAGAGCAGCUGCUGGAGCUGCACAGGCUGGGGGGCAGUCUGCACCUGUCACCAACCCCCCUGGGCAAAGGCAGCCUGCCAUCCCCUGAAGCCACACCCAGCCAUUGUCAGGUAGAGAAAGGCCCGAUAGGUCUGAACUCUGCCAAAGGAGCCCCAGCCUCCUGCCAACAUGUAUCCCCCAAAGUGGGCAGCUCCAGACUGCCCGGGCUGCCCCAGCCACGCCCUCCCCGGGGCCGCACAACCUCAGUGCUGGAGACCAGGCAGAGGCUGGCAGCCAUUCUGCGGGCCAGGCUGAACCAGCGCUGAAGACAGGGCUGCGUGCCAACAGCUCCACCCCAAGUGCCAAGGACUGGCUGUCACUGCCACCCAGGAGGGCAAAGAGCAAGAACACAUGGCUAGGGACAGUUUUAACCAGAGUUUCAAAAGUCAGGAGACCGCGAAAUCGCUUUGCCAAGAUUUGAAUUUUGUCCGGAUUUGAAUUGCAGCCAAUGGCACGAUUGGUGGACUCCAGAGAGCCACUUCCUGUAGCCCUAUGUGUAGUUAUGCUUUUAUGUGCUCGUGAACAUGCCUCCUAGGAGUUCAUUGGUAGAAUUUUCCACCUAUACAGGAUUUCCGUGUUUUUGCACCAUUUCAAACAGGUAACUGUCCACCAAAAGUAGAUUCUAUUCUCUUUUUGGUAUUGGUCCAUUUGUUCAUUCUGCUGAACAGGUGAAAUAAAUGUUAUUAAUAGCUCAAAUAGGAGGAGAAAA